UCUAACGUAAAAAAUAUUCGAUCGAAAUUUACGUCGAUUUUAUUUUAAUGUGUUACUUAUUAUUAUUAAGUAUAACCUAAUUGUUUUAUUUCUUUAUUCAUUCAGCGAAAAUGAAUCAAGACAAGCUAUUAUCGGGUCAUGAACUUGUUUCAAAAAGUACAACGAAAAUAGAAGUAUCUUUGCCAGAAGUUGGCCUUAAGGACAUAAUUCCAAGUGGAUCUUGGUUGGAGCAAAAACAAAUACAAGCAGCUGUAGAAGCUAGAAAACAUUUAAUUGAAGUGGAACGUAUUGAGAAAAGUGGUACAUUAAGUCAUGCAGUGUGGAGAGAAGAGUUGAUGUUGGCAGAAGUAACACAGAAAGUUGGAAGCUACUGGCAAUAUUUAGGUCACAAUAAAGGCAAACAGUUAUUUCUUAAACCAGAAGAAGCUUUAUUUCUUAUGGAAAUUAACUGCCUGCAUCUUAAAUAUAAUGAUGUGAAAGUGUCUCUCCAGCAAGCUUAUUCUUUAUUAUUGACCGAGAAAAUUACACUCCUACAAUACAAAGUCUAUGCAUCGCUCAGUCGCUUAGGAUACCGAAUUUACAGACAUGAGCAUGUCGAACCCAUAAUAUGUGAAAAGAAAAUUGAUUUACCUUCUAAAAGUGAAAAUGUAAAUAAUGAUAACAUAGAAGUAAAAAAUGAAAAACUAGAAGAUUCUAAAAAUGAAGUUAAAAACGAAAAAUGUGACAAAGCAACUGAAGCAACAGAAGUUAAAAAUAAAAUCAUUGAUGAAGGGGAAAGUGAAAGUAAGAAAAUAAUAACAGAGAAAACUAAAAGCAUAUGUGGGCUGAGUAGAUUACAAAAAUUGAAAAACAGAAAACUGAAACCAUGUAAUAUAAAUAAUAUUCAUGGGUUCUUUGAAAAUUUACCAGAACUAACGCAGAAACAAAUUGUUUCUAUUCAAACUCCACAGAAACAAUUCAUACCAAAUACUAUAUGUUUAAAUAAACCAGUUUUCAGUAUAAAUUUAGAAAAAAUACACAGUAAAAAUGAUAGAUAUGUUACAACAGAUACAAAUAUUUAUACCAUAAAUGAUGAAGUUAAUGGCAGUCAUAUAAGGAGAAUAAAAAAUACGUGCGGCAGAUCAGAAUCGGCUCCAAUUCCUACAUACACUAAUUUUGCAUUUGCUAAUGGAAGUUUUCAAUAUAGACAAUUCAAUUUUUAUAGACCAAGACAUACUUAUAGUUCUAUAAAUUUUAGUAUGUUAUUCCAAAGACAUUAUCUGCCUAACUGGUUUUUUACAUCUCGGCUACAAUUACCUCGAAUUCAAACACAAUUUUGGCAAACCAAUUGUAAUAGCACCAACACAAUCUCUUACAACAAUAAUAAGAAAAGAACAAGAGUAACAGCACAAAAACAAAAUUUAGAGGAAAUAAAAAAGCUUGCUUCCAGGCUAAAACAACUUAUCUUAGGAGGACAUACUCAUGAAGAGUACAUCCAAUCACUCCAUAGACUUAUUCAGUCUUAUAACACUAGAUAUAAAACAAGAGUAAGGCUUAGUCAAGAUUUUGAUGUUGUAAUUGAAGAAACUAUUGUAGACACUAUAGAAUUAGAUGAUGAUGAUGAGCCUAGAAAAAAAAGACGUCGUAGCCUAAGUCCUAACUAUCAAAUUGAAGAAAAUCUUAACAUGUUCAAAAAACUUGCAUGUCAGUUGAAAGAAUUGGAAAAAAAUAAUAAAUCAUCGGCAAGGCAUCGAAGAGCUUUCUCUAAACUGCUGAGAACAUUUAACGAAUCUUAUAAUGAAGAAUAUUAUUUAAAUGAAAGUAACGAACUAGAAAACAAACAUAAAAUUGCUCUUGAUACAUCAGAUUCAUCAAAUUCAGAAACCCUAAAAGAAGAACAAAAAUUUCGUAAAGGAAAGAAAUUAAGGAAUCCUUUUAAUAUCCUAAAGAGACUUUCUGAACGGCAAAAAGAGGUAUAUACAGAAGCGUCUACUAGUAAAAAGGAAAUUUCAGAAGUAGAAUGCAAGGAGUACAGUCCCCUUUUAUCGAAAACGUUUAAUAAAAAUUGGUUACCACCGGAAAAUGAUUUCGGAAGAGCGGAAAUAAUUUCUAAAGACGCUGUUUAUAAUGAAAUAACAGACAUGAAACGAGAGGACAUAAUGUUUGAUUUUCUCAAAAUACAAACAUGUAAAUGUGAUAAUUGGUUGGAACUGAAAAAAUCUUUUUACACUAGUAUUAAAGAGGCAAUAGCCGAAUUUCAAAGUGUACAUAAUAAUAUGAACAAUAGAAUAAACUCCAUCGUAAAACCAGGCGAUUGUACUGAUAUGGCAUCGAUUUUAAAAAAGUUGAGAAUAAUUCAAACCGAAAAAGGUACUGAGGAAUGCAAUCUCGCUAUUGAUUUCGACAUGUAUAGAAGACAUGUUCAAAAUUUUAGAAAAACGAAAAGGCCAACUCCACACUGUUACAUAAUCUGUCUAGAUGAAACAAAUCAUAUGCCAUCAGGAAGUCAAAUAGCAAGCCUGUACUCGAAGUACGACGAUGAUGCGAUAAUUGUGUUCGCUGUUGUUGGAGUUAGUUCAAUAUCUUACUUGCAAAUCAAUCCAAUUGACUUACCAGUAUAUAUAUCGAAUGACACUUGAAUAUGUACAUACUCCUAUUUUUACAUUUUCUUUGAAAAUAUAUUUGCUUGCCAUGACUAAUAUUAUCUGGUAAUGGUUGUCCUAAAUUAUGGAGAAACAAAAAUAUGCUUCAUUUGCAGAUAUAAUAAUAAUAAAUAGGCAAAGACAAAGCCUUUGCUCCUCUUUCUUUUUUCAUUGCUGGGUAGCUAUUUACGAGGUUAGCUGUUAUCAGUAAAAAAAUUGGAAAUUAAAUAAUUAUCAUGGUCGAAUUUCGACCACUCAGCAAGCAAAUAAUAAUAAUUGUCACUAGUAUCAAUGGAUGUUUGGUGUUAGUACUUAAAGCAGUUGUUAACUAAAGCAUAUAAGUUCACUUAAUAAAUUUAUGCAAAAAUAUCAAUUUAUAAAAUAUUUUCUUCCUUAUACAAAUAUUUAAAACUGUAAUUUAUAGAUAAAUAUUGAUGUUGUUAAUGAUUAGUUCCUGUGAAAUGAAUUCUUAUAUUUUGUGUAAAUUUUAUAACAAUUUCAAUCUAGAUCAUUUAGUGUCCAAUACCGAAAUUUUGAUUCUGCCCUGAAAUAAAAAACAUACUUGCAAAUUAAACAUAUGUUAGUCAAGAUAAAAGGAAUUUUAAAUAUGUAUAUAAGUUUUGGACUCAGAGUAUAAGUACUGGUUACUUAAGCACAAAUAGACGCAUUUCUAUUCAUUAAUUAAAUGUAUAGAAAUUUAAGAUACUCUAAAAUGAUUUAUAGUACUAUAUUAUUAAGCUUUACUAAAAUUAAUGUAUUUCAUAGGUCAAUCCUAUACAAAAUGUUAAAUAUAACUAAACCAUUGUGAAGGCUAAGCAUUUACGGCUUUACCUAAUGUGGCUUAGGUUAAGUAGGUUGAUUAUCAAAACAAGGCUAUCUCGUUCUUUCGAAUGUCAAAUCGAAUAUGACAGAAAGAGACCAUCAGUGUUUUACUAAACACCCGGGAACCCCGCUGAACUAUCGGUAAUAAGAUAGAUAAGUGUCCUAGUUAUUAUGGUUUAUUAAGUAAGAUGAAUCGUCAUUUAUUUUUGUUCUACCAUACUCAGUUUCAAAACAAUGUAUUCAGUUAUUUGUUAUAUUUAUUGUAAAUAAUACUUGUACAGAAAAUGAUGUAAUCAAUACUUAAAGAUAUAAUUGUAUUUAUGAUGAAUAUAUUCUAAACUAAGCCUUAUAUGCCAAAUAAAAGAUUAAACAGA